AUUAAAAACCAUGGAUAUGCUUAGAAAUGGAAGAGAGCAUUAAAAAUGGAAAAUUUUAGUUCAAGUUACAUUUAUUACUGGGUUCUACUACCCUUUUUUUUGUUAUCACAAUUCUCCUUUCAACUUGCAUGGUGUGGCUCCAUAGUAAAGUUCCUUCCUGGAUUCAAGGGACCCCUUCCUUUUGUACUUGAAACCGGGUAUGUGGGAGUGGGUGAAUCAGAGGAUGUGCAGGCAUUCUACUACUUCAUUGAGUCAGAGAACAAUCCCAAGAAAGAUCCUCUCAUGCUUUGGCUCACUGGUGGCCCUGGUUGCUCAGCCUUAUCUGGACUUGUGUUUGAAAUAGGACCACUUACAUUCAAAUAUGAGGAAUACAAUGGGAGCCUGCCCAAUUUGGUCUUGAGGCCACACUCAUGGACAAAGGUUAGUAGCAUUAUAUUUGUAGACUUGCCUGUUUCCACGGGCUUCACUUAUGCCACAACAGAGUUUGCUGCUCAACGAAGCGACUGGAUUCUAGUUCACCAAGUCCAUCAGUUUCUUAGGAAGUGGUUGAUUGAUCAUCCAAAUUUUUCGUCAAAUGAAGUUUACAUUGGUGGCGAUUCAUACUCUGGCAUUCCUAUUCCAGUGAUUGUUCAAGAAAUUUCACGAGGAAAUGAAAAAGGGCUCCAACCAUGGAUAAAUCUCCAGGGAUACCUGCUGGGAAAUGCAGCAACAACUCGAAGGGAAAAAAACUAUCAAAUUCCCUUCGCUCAUGGAAUGGGACUUAUUUCUGAUGAACUAUAUGGGUCACUGCAAAAAAAUUGUAAAGAAGAGUACAUAAAUGUAGACACCAGAAAUGUAUUAUGUUCUAGAGAUAUCGAGUCAUUCAAUGAGGUUACAUCAGGACUUAAUUCAGCCCAUAUUUUGGACCCGUCAUGUGAGUGGCUUGAUACUGAAACAUCUUGGAGGAGAUCUCUACUUAAGAAAUAUCCCAGAAAGAAUUUCCUUAAUACUCACCUCAAAUUGGCACCCUUAAACUGUCGGAGUUAUGUAUACUUCCUCUGCGGUUAUUGGGCCAAUGAUGAUAAUGUUCGCACUGCACUGCACAUCCGUAAGGGAAGUAUAGGAAAAUGGCAUCGUUGUACCUUCGAUAUACCUAACAAGAAGGAUAUCUCAAGCAGCUAUGAGUAUCAUGUAAAUCUCAGUAGAAAAGGCUACCGUUCGCUGAUAUACAGUGGCGAUCAUGACAUGACAAUUCCUUUCUUGGCAACUCAAGCAUGGAUAAGAUCUUUAAACUACUCCAUUGUGGAUGAGUGGAGGCAAUGGCAUACAAAUGGUCAAGUUGCAGGAUACACAAGGACUUACUCCAAUCGGAUGACAUUUGCAACUGUGAAGGGAGGAGGCCACACAGCUCCGGAGUACAAGCCUGAUGAAUGCUUUGCCAUGUUCAGUAGGUGGAUAUCUAACAGGGCUUUGUAGGAAUUUCCAAUGAAGUCAUCUUUUCUGUUGACAAGGACUAAACUUUGCAUCCAUUGCAUAACAAAGUCACAGCCUCACGGUAUAUUUUAUUCAGUAACAAAUUUGUGUCAUUAUCAACUGAAAAAAAAAUUAAUAUAUUCUAAAGGUAGCAAGAGAUAGAUCCAUAUAUUGAAAGAAAAACCAGUCUUAUCAGGUACAGCUGAAUAAAAAAAAGUUGUUUAAAAUAUAAUACAAUGUAAAAGUUUAGAUCGUGCACCUAGAUAAGCAUUAAAAUUUUCUUUCAAUUGCAUGAAUGUGAUACGCAUAUCUUUGCGGAGACCAACUUUGGUUAUCGAUCCUUUUAUAAGUAUAGAACCAGACUAAAAACAAAGCAUCUCUAUGUAAAUAUUUUAGCAGUGGUCGGAGGUGAAGAAAAUACUAGAAAGAAUAGUAUGAAUUUUGUGUUGUGUAUCAAGAUGUUUUGUCUUUUAAAGCACAAAAAUACAAAAAUUAUCCGUAAUUGAUAA